UUUCUAAUUAUUAAAAAGAAUAAUAGCUUAUGUUUGAUUAAUGAUAUUCAAAAAUAUAAUAAGUAUAGCUUCAAGAAUGCUUUCAUGCUGCUUAUCUUAGAUGAAUUCUCGGAGGAGUUUGCUAUAUGCAAGAUUCUUUUACUGCUCAACUUCUUUUCCGGAUAUAAUUAA